GGGUUUAGUGCGGGAGCAGUAUGUAAGGAUUUCAUUUACAAACAUUGCUGGGCUGCCCAGAAAAAAGGGACUAAAUACCUGUAAUUAUCUAGACUAUAAUUCAGUUCUUCACCACAUACUCGCAGUAAAUGGAUCUUUUGCAGAAAACAACUGAAAGCAACAUGAAAUCCCAGCUCCUUGUCUUCUUAUCUCUCUUCUGUUUCUGGACUGUCAUCUCUGAGCAAAUGCCAAAAAGCAUGAAUCUGGAAGAAGGUCUCCCAGAGGACGUGUUGAGGAUGAUUGCUCAAGCAGACAUCAGAAGUAUUGAUGACCUGGAAGACCUCCUGGGUGUUGAGGCCAAAGAUCCUCCUGUCUUCAGAUCAACGUACAAAAUAGGUGUGCCACUUAGGCUGGGGAGACACAAAGGUGCUAAUGAACACCCUGGACAAAUGGCAAGCAAUGAAGGACACUCGCCCUCUCUGCUAACAGUAAUGGGAGAACCACCAGCACAGAGCCAACCACGAUCAUUUAUAGCAGGGAAUUCAAAAGCAGCUGGAUGCAAAACAAGGAUAGUUUCGGUAGAGGUUCCUCGCUACAAGGUGGACCCCACUUCAGUGGGCUUCUUUCUGUGGCCUUCAUGUGUUGAAAUAAAGCGCUGCUCUGGCUGUUGUAACACCAAAACCUAUAAAUGCAUUCCUUCUGUUGCAAAUUACAGGCCCUUUCAGAUAGCGAAGCUAACUUAUCGAUAUGGUAGGAAAGAGCUCACCAUACACACUGUAUCAAUCAGAGAGCAUCUAAGCUGUAACUGUACAGAGCUAGCAAGACACCACCCAAGGUUCCCCCCAAAAUAUUAUCGACAAUCAACUGACAACUGAGGCGUAAUCUUACAGCCAGCAUACAACACCAAAAGGACAGAAAUUAAAAACAACUAAUAUAUUGCAUGCAUUAAGGAGGCAGUCUUCUCUCUCUCUCUCUCUCUCCCUCUGGACUGUGCAGACAUCCUUUCCCUUAGGUGGUCUAAGGAAGAUAACUAGGAGCUGAGGUUAUAUGGAUCGUUUGGGCUAUGGGCUCUCCAUCACUGAGGACUCUGCCCGGUCCACUUGUGACGUGCAAUAACUGAGAAGAGCUUCCUCAACUUUACUACACUUCUCCAUGGUGUACAGCCAGCCACUUGCACCAGCUCCCAGUAUUAAGAGGAUCGAUCCUCAACCUGGGGGCUCUGAAGCAAGGAGAUAUUUUGUUUAAUUUCUAAACUUUCAUUUUGCUGGUAAGGGGCUUAUGAUACAAACUGAAGAUUUAUAACAAAACUUUAUAACAGUAAAAUAAUAAAACAAAAAUAAAAAAUA